AUGCAAGGAACAAUUAUUGAUAAUUUGAGCGGCAGGAAGCUUUCGGUACUUGUUAUAUUACUGAUUAUCGCACAAAUAGUUUGUUUUCUAAUAGGCGGGCUCAUUGCUCCAACUCCAGCUAGUAGUCAAAAUAUACUUGGUACUCCUUGCAAGGAUAUUCGAGUAAAUGGAUCUGAACCUGGAGGAAGAAAAUGGUUUUAUUCAAGAGGAAAAGGAUCUUGCACUCCUGUUGAUAUGAAUCGUUUUAAUUUUGAUAGUCAUCAUCAGGCAUAUCAAGUUGUCUAUACAUUUCAGAUGCCUGUGCCUCGAAAUAGUAUGCAACUUGAUUACUCACGAUGGCAACAGAAUUUGAUAGGUGUUCUACAAGUGGAUAUUGUUUAUCACAAUCAGAUAGAAAUUGCUCCUAGGACUAAGAUAACAUUGGAUGCAAGACUUGCUUAUAGAAACAAAGGAGAUCCAGAUGAUGCUUGGAAACCAUAUGCUUCUUCUGUAGUAGAAAGAAUUCUAGACUGCAGUAUUGAUGAUGCAAUGGAACAGUAUAAUUAUAAUUGUAGUGUGGUGCCCUUGUUUGAACUUGGAUCCCUAUUUCAUGAUUAUUAUUUUUUAAAUAUUCGACAUAUAACUGAUUUAUGGCUUACAGCUAUUAAUCAAAAUGGUGGAUUUACAAAAGUAUGGGUCAGUUUGAAGACCAUUUAUUUCCCAGUUGUUUUAUGUGUUCUUGCUUGGUACUGGAGGAGAGUACAUAUGCUUUCUAGAUCACCAGCCCUUUUGGAGUACUUACUUUUAGCACUAGGCAUAGCUCUAUCAUUUUUGAAUAUGCCUUUGGAAUAUUUAACACUUGCCUACGACAUGCCAUUUAUGCUUUUAUUGGGUGACAUCAGACAAGGAGUAUUCUAUGCAAUUCUUUUAUCCUUCUGGCUUGUGUUUGCUGGAGAACAUCUUAUGAUUCAGGAAGGUGAACAAAGAAAUUCUUUAAAAUGUUACUGGCGUCAUCUUUCUGCAGUAGGCAUCGGGUGUCUAUCAUUAUUUGUAUUUGACAUGUGCGAACGCGGGGUACAAUUAAGAAAUCCAUUCUACUCAAUUUGGGUCACAGAUUUCGGAACUAAAUUUGCUUUAUCAUUUAUAAUCUUAGCUGGAGUAUCUGCUGGUGUGUACUUAAUAUUCUUGUCUUACAUGAUAUGGAAAGUAUUCAUGAAUAUCAGUGCAAAAAGGGCUGCAUUACCCAGUAUGAGUUCGGCUCGACGUUUACACUAUGAGGGUGUAAUAUAUCGAUUUAAAUUUUUAAUGAUAGCUACACUGUUGUGUGCAUCUUUAACAGUUAUUGGAUUUAUCCUUGGCCAGGUUGCAGAAGGGCAAUGGAAAUGGGAUGAGGAAUUGCAUUUGGAAAUGACAUCAGCAUUUUUUACUGGUGUGUACGGAAUGUGGAAUAUUUACAUUAUAGCGUUAUUGUGUUUAUAUGCACCUUCACAUAAACAGUGGCCUAUUGAACCAUCCGAAAAUAGUAUUAGCGAAGAGAUUGAAUUCUCACGUUUAUCUACCGAUCCUAAUGAAAUGCUGUCCCUGACAGCGUUUGCACGAAAAGCAGCGGUAGAAUAAAUAGUAUACAUUUUUUAUAAGAAAUAGAACAGUGG